AUGGCUUCUAAAAACCAGAGCUCAAUCUUCUUCGUGUCCGUGGGUAUCGGCCCCAUGGAACUCAGCAAUUUAAUGGACCGGUACGAGCUAGCCCACAAGCGCUUAUCCGAGAACCACUCAUACGACGUGUACCACACUGCCCCCGAGCGGGAUGGAUUCGCCCUCGUCUUCAAAGUCUCCGUGGUUAUGGAGAAUCCAAUCCACGAGUUCCGAGAAGUUGCUCGUCUUGAGGCCAUGAAGUUACUGAAUACCUGUCUUAAUCCGAAGGCAGAGGAUAAUUUAUUCGUUGGUCUCCAGCCAUUCUCUCAUCCGACGUUUAAUCGCGCAACGAGGCAACCGUACGCAGCUGGGUAUGUUGCUCCGAUGCAGUUGACGCAGCAAGAAAUCCGAGAUGAAGCGCAGGAUAAGAGGGAUCAUGAUGAGUAUCAGUUCGUGAAUGUUGAGGAUAUGGUGGCAGAGCCUGGGGAUGAGCAAGUUCUAUACUGUCAGAUUGAGCACCAUUAA